GAUUUCACCCCGAAAUUCGCUGUUCACCUUAUAAACAAAUCGUUCGUUGACUGAGAGUUGUAAUGUUGUAAGCAGCGGACGAAGCAACGGGAAUGUGCGCGUAGCAUCGUCGGCAUUUCGAUGACGAAUUUAAUGACCUGAAAACGGAGGCCAGAGGACGAUACAAAAUCGAGAGAAAAAAAAAGAAAAAGCAUCGCGAAUCACUUUCACACACUGCAUAGAUGAAAAUUGAAACAGCCGACAACAAAGCAACGUCGACAGCGACGCUGGCUGAGGCCGCGACAGAGGCAGAGGCAGAGGCAGUGGGCGCAUUGAUUCCAUUUUCAUAAUCAACGAAAUAAUAAUAAAAAAAAACACAAUAAAACAGCUGAAGAGAAGGUCCCCCCUUUGGUCGAUGGUUUCAAUGAAAAUCGCAUAAUGGCAGAGGUAUCUGAAUCGUGUGGAGCACGCGAUUCAAACGGAGACACGGAGAGCGCUGAGGAGGCGGUUCACCUGGAGGCGGGGCAGUCCGAGGCAGGGGGAGCGGCAGCUGGUGCUGCUGGUCCAGCGGCGAUGGCAGAUUCCCAGCCCGCAUUGGACGCCGACUCUCUGGAGGCGGAGGUGGAGGCGGAGGCCACUGGAGAUGGGGAUGCUGCUGAUGCUGCAGAUGCUGCUGGAAGUGACCAACAAAGGGAAAAGGGCGAUCAACUGGAAUUGCAAUCCUCGCAGGAGCCCAUCUCCAUGGAUGACAUACCUGAGCCCAUUAAGGUCCUUGAUGAUAUCAUAUCGGAGUUCGAGGAGGCAGCAACGAAACCGGUGGCCUUGCAUAGCAACAGUGGCGAGAAUCAGUCCGAGGACGAUGGCUACAUGAGUCUCAGCCGUAAAAACAUGUCCAAAAAGGAUUCCGAGGAUGUACCACAGACACCCAGCACCGACACCGUGCCCGAGGGCAGUUUCAAUGAGGUGGAUGGCACGGCCGAGAACCUAACCAAAUUAUCUGAGGUGGAGCAUGGCCAGGAAACGACGACGCCACUCAUACAGACAACGCUGCCAAAGGCACGGAGCGCCAACUCGACUCCGGCCACCAACUCGAACUACUCAAGUUUGCCGUGCUGCGGGGCCAGGGCGUCCAACUUGGGCGGAGCUUCCGUUGGCCAUUCCUCAAGUGGAUUGGCAGCCAUCCGGCACCCGGGCAGCUGCAAUGGCGAGCGUAAUGCACUGGGCAUCGACAUCAGUGCCGUGCACAAUGCAGUGCUUAGGGGUAACCUGGCCAAAUUGCCGGAGCCCAUCGUCAAUGAACAUCCGGUGACCAUCUAUCCGGGCCCGUCAUCAAAGGCGUCAGGCGGUGGUGAGGGCAAUCGUGGCAAGCGACUGCUCAGUUCGGUGGAGAAGCACAAAGAGGUGUGCCACAUGCUCAAUCCACAAUCCAGUAGCUCGGCUAGCUCCUCAUCCGGAUCACAGCACACGUCCAGUGGCGAGGCCUCACCAGCAGCCUCGCAUGUCAAUGUGGCCGCUUCCAAGUCGAUUGCCAGGCAGGACGACUACUCUGAGGACUCACUGGAGGAGUCCACCAUCUCCACGGAUCUCACGCCGGUCAAGCAGAACGGCGUGGCCUGGGAGAUUCACUUCAAGAGCAACAAGAAGAAGUCCGGAGGAUCAAAGAAGACCUCAGCUAAUGCGUCCAAGAAGGUAAGACAGCAAUCUCGUACCCCCAUUUUGGACGACUUCAACAACAGCUUUGCGUACAACGAGCAGAGCAUGCUGGGCAAGGGAACCUUCAUCAUCCGUCGCUCUACCGCCAAGAAGCCGCCGCGUGCCGCCGAUGUGUUCAGUAUACCGAAGCCCCCGCGUCCAUCGCUGGGCGAUAGAUCUUUGCCCGGAUCUGGUUUGGUAGGUGGAGCCGGAGCCAUCAGUAACGAGUUCUAUACCAGCGACAGCGAGCAGAGCGAUGCCGCUCCAGUACCAGUUAAUCUUCCACCACCACCGGCUCCCGUCGAGAUGAACUUCGUCUACAAGGAGUGUGAGGCGAAUGCGUUGCACACACGCCGUGGCUUGGAGAUGGCCGCCGCCCAGCGGGCUGCUCUAUCCUUGGACAUUGCCGAGGCACCUGACCAACUGGGCCUCGGCAAGCCGGUGAAGAGCAAAACGACUAUGCUCACCGAGAAGCGACUCAGUGCCGAGUCCAUGCCGGAUAACACCUCCAGCAGUGAGGAGUUUGACGAGGCCCGUCUCAAUGGGAAUGGGAGCUACGACAUGUAUGCCUACAACGGUAAUGAUCUGCGGGUUUCGAACGCCACCACUCCCCACACAGAUCUGGCCCCCACUCUCGAGGAGGACGAGGAGUCGGACUUCAGCUAUGGGUGUGCUCCGCUCAAGCAGAUUGAGCACAACAUCAGCGCCUUGCUGCGUGGAGACAUUCCCAUCGUCGGCCAACAGCCGUGCAGUAACGGAGCUAUUGCAGCAGCCGGGGCUGGUGCUGCUGCGGUAUCUGCUUCAGCAGCUGCCACAGCCGCGGAGUUGCAUGCCAAGCGGGUGCUGGAGUUUCGCCCCGGCGUCCACAAGUCGGAAAGCGCCAAGGAAAUGUUGCUCUCCCAGAUGCCAAGCUUCGGACCGUUGCCUCCAUCGCCUCCCAGCUCCAAUCCAGAUCUGUUUGACUAUGAUGCUCCGCUUCCGCCAUCGCCUGUGGAGCCUCGCAAGCAGCUGGAACUGCCGGCUAAUGCCCCGCCACCGAACCGCGGGACCACCGUGGUGGAGGUACAUGCCACCGCCUCGGGAGCUGCCGUGCACAGCAGCAACAGCCAUACCCGCCGUAGUCGCGAUAACGUGGCUGCUGUGCGGCACUUUACCGAUGAGCUGCCACCGCCGCCGGCUCCCACCCACCAGUCGGCCAGUUUUGCGGAGGGCUUGCCCGGACCACCGGUGGUACCGCCACAUCGGGUGACUGGCGGUCACUCGGCCAACACCAUGAAGUCCUGGAGCAUCGAUUCGCAGUAUCGCAAACGAUCGCCCAAGCUCUUUGGACACUAUAGUAGCGGUGGCGGUGGCAGCGGGAUAACCACCCCAACUGGCCUGGGGCCCAUGCCGCCGCUACCCCCUCCCCCCGUCGAUGGAAUGGCCUGUGGAUCCGGGUCGUACCAGAGGCGAUACAUCAAUUACGGCACCAAGCGCAGCCUGAAGCAGUCGCCGCGCGAGGAGCAUCGCCUGCAAACCUCAUGUAGUCUUCCUGAAACGCCAAUUUUUGCCAGAGGCUGUGACAUACCACGUACGCCAUAUCGACGCCAAAACGAACCGCUGCCUGUGGUUAGCGGUGUGCGCACAGCGCCCAGAUCGAGCACAUCGAAUAGCAUCAAUAUGGGCACAUCCAUUAUGGGUAUAGGAGCUGGAAACUAUGGAACUGCCCAAAUCUGUCGCCAGCGUUCGAUCAACCAUGCCUUGGCCUCCAACGAAAUGCUACGGAUGACCGGAGCCCCUGCCCGUGGCUGGUAUCCCAAACAGAGGGGUAUGCGUCCGGCUUCAACCGAGAACAUCGAUCGAUUGGCUUCCGUUCGAGUGUGGGACAAUCCGGCCGGCAUGUCCGGCACAGGACAAUCCCGUAAGCCGCUCACAUUGCCGCCAAAUCUAACACCUUCCUUUUUAAAUAAGUCACCGCGAGAGGCACUGCGACGAGUAACCAGUCUACUGAUUACCAAAAAAAAGAACAACAAGGAGCGAAAGCACAAGGCCUAUUGCGAUCAGCCCAUGGAUGACAGCAACAGCAAGCAUGCCUACGAAUUCGAAACAGGAUCCACCAAGCGAAAGGAUAGCAGUCGCAAGGAUAAUGGAGCCACUGGCGGAGCUACCACCACCACCACCACCACUAAAACCAAGAAGAAGGGUCUCUUCAAAUCCUUCUGGAAACGCACGAAAACCGCCUCGCUGGAUCAAUAGAGAAACUUCGUACGGCAAGCCAGAGUACUGUCCCAUUUUUACGUUCACCAAAACCAAUGCAUAUGGAUAUAGCAUCGAAAACGAUUAUAACCCGAAGCACAUUAAACCACACACACCCCACAGAACGUGGGUGCACCUGCUCAUCCUGAUCAGCAAGCAAGUCUUUCUCACGCUCGUGUUAGUUUGGACCUUGGACACAAUUGAAGCAAUUUUGUAUACACAUCGUAUCGUAUAUAUCGGUCAUAUAUAGUAAUGAGUAAAAAUGAAUAAUUCAAAUGCACAAAAGCCGUGAAUCGUAAAGACUGAAAAAUGAAUAAACAAAAAAAAAAAAGAAAAAAGCGUAAAACAAA